GGCCGAGGCGAGGCGCGGAGCCCAGCCUCGCGGCGCCCACCCCGCUGGUCCCGUCCCGCCCCCCCCCCCCCCGCUGGAUCCCGCGCGGGGUGCAGGGGCCGCAGCCUGCCGCGGACGCUCCGCCGGCGGCGGGCUCUCCUGCCCCGGACUCCCUCUCCGCCGGUCUGCCGCGCCGCCCCGACUUGGCUUUCAGCGCUCUCCAGCCCCGGGAGCUGGCGGUGCGCGUCGCCGAGCCGCGGGGGCGGGCGGAGGAGCGCUGGGGCUUUUCCUGCUGCCGGCAAACUUUGGUACUCGCUGGUGCUUUGAUCCCGCAAGCGGCGAAGAGAGCGUCCCGCCCGCCGCCGGCGCUCCCGGCGUGGGGUUACAGCAGAGCAGCUGCCGGCGUGGUUGGAGGAGGACCCGCGCUCCUGGAUGACCACAAAUGUUAGCGGUGGGGCAGAUGGAUGCUAAUCGCCAGAGCGCGUUCGUUCUCAGCAGUACGCCGCUGGCCGCGCUGCACAACAUGGCCGAGAUGAAGACCUCCCUCUUCCCCUACACCCUGCAGAACCCCUCCGGCUUCAAGGCGCCGGCCCUGGGCGGACUCAACACGCAGCUCCCCUUGGGGACGCCGCACGGAAUAAGCGACAUCCUGGGGCGGCCCGUGGGCACCGCCAGCAACCUGCUGGGCGGGCUGCCCCGCAUCAACGGACUGGCGGCCUCGGCGGGGAUGUACUUCAACCCCGCGGCCGUCUCCCGCUACCCGAAGCCGCUGGCCGAGCUGCCGGGGCGGCCGCCCAUUUUCUGGCCGGGAGUGGUGCAGGGCUCGCCCUGGAGAGACCCCCGGCUCGCCUGUCCCGCUCAGACGGGGAUGGUUUUGGACAAGGACGGCAAGAAGAAACACUCGCGACCGACUUUCUCUGGGCAGCAGAUUUUUGCCUUGGAGAAAACCUUCGAACAGACGAAAUACCUGGCAGGACCGGAGAGAGCCCGCCUCGCCUAUUCCCUAGGGAUGACCGAGAGCCAAGUGAAGGUCUGGUUCCAGAACAGACGGACCAAGUGGCGGAAGCGGCAUGCGGCGGAGAUGGCCUCGGCGAAGAAGAAGCACGACUCGGAGACGGAGAAGCUGAAGGAGAGCUCGGACAAUGAGGACGAUGACGAAUACAACAAGCCCCUGGACCCCAACUCAGACGACGAAAAAAUCACGAGGCUAUUGAAAAAGCACAAAUCCACGAACCUGUCCCUCGUCAGCCCCUGCAGCACCAGCUCGGACACCUUGUGAGGGCGCGGGCACUGGCGGCUGCUCUGGGCAGCUGCGGCUGGCCCGGCGGUGGAGGUGAAAUGUAACUGGAUGUUUAAAGUGGUGUGUUGUACAGCCUAAGAUGUAUGUGAAAUGUAUAUAUUUUUUACAGAAUAAGUUAUGAAAUUAUUUUCCUUCUCAUCGGUGUAAAUUUCAGAGGAAUUUUUCCAACUUUAUGGUUUUUGUUUUGUGUCCCUUUAAGGUUUGCCCCUCUUUUCUUUUAGCCUUGUUGCCGAUUUCCUGCUCCUAACAAUCAGAUUUUUGUUAUGUUUUGUAUGGGUCGCCAAAUCCAAGCUCAGCCACUUUGUAUAUAGUAAAUUUCAGAUUUUGUGAUGUAUAUUUCUAGUGUAAAACCGGCUGUUUUCUUUCACCCCCCCCCACCCCCCGCUCAGUGUUUUGGCGGUUUGAUUUCUCCUGCCUCCGGAUUUUAUGCUUAAUAAUAUCAAAAGAGAGGACAACCCAAAACAGCACGAGAGAAAAAAAAUGGACACUUGAUUUUACAAUGGGAUCAAAUAAUGUCUCCACACGGGUUGGAAAGACUUUGUAUAGAUCAAUAAAUUAUUUAACAAGCUUC